GCUUCAGCCUUUCUCUAUCAGACUGUCAGUCCAACAACAAAGCUAUGGCGGCUUCUAAUGAACCUUUCUACAUUCGCUACUACUCAGGGCAUCAAGGUCGACACGGGCACGAAUUCCUUGAGUUCGACUUUCGUGUCCUAGGUGAUGGGAGGAGUGCAUCUGCGCGAUAUGCAAACAACUCCAAUUACCGAAACGACUCCCUGAUCCGCAAGGAGAUGUGUGUUAGCUCUCUCUUGAUUGACGAGAUCAAGCGCAUCAUUAAGACCAGCGAAAUCAUGAAGGAGGAUGAUAGCAAAUGGCCCCAGAAGAAUAAGGACGGGCGUCAGGAAUUGGAAAUCCGCCUAGGCAACGAACAUAUUUCAUUUGAGACCGCCAAAAUUGGCUCUUUAGUCGAUGUCACCGAGUCUCAAGAUCCCGAAGGUCUAAGGGUUUUCUACUAUCUCGUGCAGGAUCUGAAAGCAUUGGUGUUUUCUCUAAUAGCACUCCACUUUAAGAUCAAGCCUAUCUGAGGGGGGUUGUGGGAUAUGUGGAAUCAAAAGGUGUUAGGCGUUUUAUACUUGCACUGAGGAAGGGAUACCAUAGUGUCAGGAAAGAAACCGAUGGCGAAAUGACAGGGACACCUAGGGCUGCGCUCGUUCUUCAAGUGAAAUUGCAGUUUUUAUUCUCUGUAUUUCAAAAGACCGAUGGUCCUGAUCACCGGCUCUUUUCAUGGACUGAUUUGUUUCGGUCUAUAGUGGGAUUCUCACAAAGGAGGACCGCUAUGUGCACUGGGAUAGUUGGGAAGAAUAGCAGAUGCAUAAGGUACCUACAGGCAUUC